GUUAACUUUUAAGGCGAACUUUCCAUUCUGGCGUACCUAUGUAGGCAGCUAGGCAAGCAAGCGAAGCUAAAGGUACAGCAGGUGGGGCAUUUCGCGUCAGCCUUCAAUUGACGACGCGUUGAGUGGUUCCACGCGUUUUAAAUUCAAUUUAUUAUUUCACAUUUCUUAACAACAUUUUCCAGAAGCAACUGAUCCUCCUACCGCAACAACGUCACCACCAAAAAUUAUAGUCUAGUUCAAUUCAAUCCAGACGCCAUCAUGUUGGAAGCACGACUAGAGCAGGCUCAGAUCCUGAAGAAGGUGGUGGAUGCCAUCAAGGAUUUAGUCCAAGACUGCAACUUCGAUUGCAACGACUCGGGUAUCGCGCUCCAAGCAAUGGACAACUCCCACGUCGCACUUGUCUCGAUGAUGCUGAAGGCCGAGGGCUUCUCCCCUUACCGUUGCGAUCGAAACAUCGCGCUUGGUGUCAAUCUUGUCUCCCUCACCAAGGUUCUACGCGCAGCCCAGAACGAGGAUAUCCUGACGCUCAAGGCCGAAGACGCGCCCGAUUCCCUGAACCUCGUUUUCGAGAGCAGUGAGAAUGACCGAAUUAGCGAGUAUGACCUAAAACUUAUGGACAUUGACCAAGAGCACCUGGGCAUUCCCGAGACGGAGUAUGCUGCUACCAUCUCCAUGCCCUCUGCCGAGUUUCGACGUAUCUGCACCGACUUGAUGGCCAUGUCAGAGUCGGUUACUAUUGAUGCAAGCAAGGACGGUGUCAAGUUCUCUUGCAAUGGUGACAUUGGAAACGGUGCCGUCACUCUACGCAGCCACCAGAAUGUCGACAAGCCGGAUUUGAACAUCGACAUCGAGCUCACCGAGCCCGUUGGUCUGACUUUCUCGCUCAAGUACUUGGUCAACUUCUGCAAGGCCCAGGCUCUGUCCAGUACUGUCAAGAUCUGCCUCUCCAACGAGGUGCCCCUUCUGGUAGAAUACGGACUAGCAGGCAGCAGUUUCUUGCGAUUCUACCUCGCUCCCAAGAUUGGCGACGAGGAGUAAGAGGGAAUGAUAAAGCAACAAGGAAUAAUGAAGGAUUACAAAUAUACCACAUCAGCAGGAUGGAAUGCACUGCUUUCAGAUUUGCUAUGGACUUUGGUGGCUAAUAACAUGGAUAACUAUACGGAGACGAAGACUUCUUGCGUCUGCAUAUGAGCUUUGGGCGUAUUAGUUUACGAAGCACUUCCAUACCACCUAGGUUCGAAGUCUAGUCAUUCAUAGGGUUUGAUUAAUUCACCCUACGCUACGGCUGUAAUCUGAGUACUUUUCGUCUUGCCUAUAAUAUGACGAUGGUUUAUGAGCAUUGAACGUGGUUGUGAUUGUAAAUACUAGUAGUAGUACAAGGUGUAGGGAGGUGAGCCCUGAAUUAGGUACCUACCUCCCUAUAAUAAAAGU